CAGGAUGUCGCUGAGCUAUAUAAGAUGCUGCUCGUGAUUCGAGUUCCGUACUUGAUCUCAGGUCUGCAGCUGCCAGGGAGAAUUCGACACAGAAACACUCAUUCGGUAUAGACCUGAACGUACGAUAGGAAGUGAUGGCUCGCCAAAUAAUCCUACUAUUGUUGAGCAUGAUUGUGCUUUCGUGGGCUGACGAAGCAUACAUUGAGCAUUACUACACGACCACUGAGGAACCAUAUCCCGAUCACUACACGACCACUGAAUAUCCAGACCAUCACGAUUAUGAGACAACUACCUAUGACCCAUGGCUGCCCGAGGAGCCAGAAGAUAACAAACUCGUUGAUGUUGAUGUCAACUGUGACAUUUACGACCAUGAGAUGAAGGUGAAGCUAGGAUUUGAACACGGAUUUGACGGAGUUGUCUACACCAGGAAUCACUACGGCGAUAGCUCAUGCAGGGUGUCUGGAGAUGGGACAAAGUUCGUGCACUUUGACAUCUCAAUGGAAAAAUGUGGAACAACAAACAAAGCGAUGUCUGACGAAGAAUACGCUUCACACCGAGCUGAGAAUGUAAUCGUCAUUAUGAAGAAAGACUGGGGAUUCUUGGAUGGCUUGGACGAAUUUUACACAGUCAGGUGUGAAUUCAGCGGAAUGAGAGCAAGAACUGUGAACUACGAUCUCGCAGUCCCAUUAUCGCAAGAAGUUUCAACCUUGGAGACAGCUACUGUUGCACUGCCUUCCUGCUGGAUGCAAAUCGUCAAGGGCAAGGAUCCACUGGACUACGGAACCAGCGAGUUGAAUCUCGGAGGCACUGCUACCCUGGUUGUUUACCUGCAGGACAGUUAUUACUUCGACCUGAGUGUCAGCAACUGCUUCGCUUACGAUCGUUACGACCAUUACGGUGGGAAGCAUACAACGGUUGACCUGAUCAAUGACGACGGAUGCUCAGCAAAUAAAAAGUUGGUCGGAGAGCCAAUCCACAUGCACAAGUUGAGAUCGGGCCAGACAGCAUGGUUCUUCCACUUUAGAGCAUUCCGGUUCCCGGACGAGGAAAACGUGUACUUCCAAUGUCAAUGUACCGUGUGUUACCAAAAUUGUUAUCAGCCAAAGUGCAAUGGAGACAGAGUGCACAGGUACAAACGUGAGGCCGUGGAGACAGACAUUAACGCGGAAACCACGAUGCCAAGCAAGGAAUCUGAAGACGUCAGAGAAAGAAUGGAUGUGUACAACAGCGUCACUAUCAUGCUGCCGAAGCAAUCCGAAUCGGAAUUUGCUGGGUUCGGGACCAGCGCCGACGAAAACGAAGAAAUCACAAAUAAAUCUAUGAUGGGUCAGCGAGUCUGUAUGUCUAAAGGUAGCAUAUCCAUCGUGGGAGCGGUUAUUGGUGCAGUCAUUGUCAUUGCCUUGAUUACCGUAAUCUUCGCCUGUGUCCGUUUGAGACUAUCGACAAAAACGGUAGAUGACAAGAUCGGUCUUUCCCAGUAUUAACUCCUGAUGAGUAACUAUUUCAGUAUUCUGGUGUGUGUCAUCUAUAAAAGACCAGGCGACGAGCGAAGCAUGAUAGUGGUGUGAUAUACUCAAAUGAUGCUGUACAUAAUGCUAUGAAUACCAGUGGAGUUGAAGUAAUCACACUAAUCUUUAGUGAACGGUCAAACUGAAAUGAUACUGCAACGGGAUUUUGGUGACAACAUCAGUAAAACGUAAUGGGAACGGUGUGUGAUGUAAAUAAUUGUUCGCGAAUCAUCUCUGAUCGCUCAAAAAUAGUUGAAAUAUAGUUCCUUGAUAAUAUUGACUAUACAACAUAUACUUGUCGUGUAUGUUAUGGGAACAUAUAUAUAUAUAUAUGUUCAUGCAAUAGCGAAUUAUUGGUUCUAUUGAAUUAGCAUAGUAGUAAUCAUAAAUGUUUUAUUUAAUUUAAUAGAUUGCUUACCUACAAGAUUACAGACAUAAAGUUAUAGUUACCUUCUUAAGUACGCGUAGAUGUAUAUGUAUAUAAAACAAAUUGUGAUUGAUA